ACAGCGCAUUCCAUUCAUUCUGUCCGUGGGGAAUCGACAGACACACAGACAGAGAGACAGACUUCCGAUCGAAAUUCGGGGCUCCGGAUUCGGCUUACGAGGAUCGUACUAUUCUAGAGUGCGAAGAUUCAGAGCACUGGGAAGGGAAGGGGGUGGACACUUUUGGACACCUCUGAUUGCGAACGGACCAAUCGAGCACCUUCGCUUCGCGUGUUGGAGAGUGCAAGAGCAGGAUUGAAGAUACAGGCGUGAAUAAUUGCGGGCGGGCGGUGGUCGUGGUGUGAUUAUGGUUUUAGUUUAGGAACCGCUCUGAUUCUGUGAAAAACGCGUUGUAAGCAAUCGGUGCUGCCGAGCGUCGGAGGAGGAAUUGUUUAUUAUAUGCCAUAAUUUUGCAGUCCCGGCCGGUUUUGGUUGGUUGACUCCCGAGGCCGACUCUUCCAGUGCUUGAGAUUCUACGCUAGUUGGCAGUCUCGCAUUGUGGCCGACGACGGUGUUUGUGCCAGGCUCGUUUUGUUGUCUGAUUUGCUCCAGGAGAUAGGAAAGACGAAGGGCACGGGCUCGGGCAGGCAGCUUGCGAGGUAGAGCGGGCGAGAAUUGCUUGCAGUCCGGCAGGUUUGCAGGUGUCGCGGUCUCGAGGCGAAAGCACCAGCUACGUGUUUUGCCUCGCGGGACGACUGGAGCCAGAGCGAGGGCCUGAGGAGGGAUUGAUUGCAGGACGGCGUCUUUUCGUUUGUAGGAGUCAUCAAGAUUUUAUCAAGUGAGGCUGCAAUGCCCUUCUCUACGUGACAGUUCUUGUCGAAGCAAACGCCCGAGUAAUCUUGAUCCACUCUGUCCACGAAGGGCACGGGAAGCCUUCGAUUUCCAACUCUUGAAGGAGACCAAGAUGAACAUAUUCAAGAAGAAGACCAAUGCAAAAGAUGCUUUGCGAACAAGCAAGCGGGAGAUGGCAGUCGCUACUCGAGGAAUCGAACGGGAAAUCGGGACACUCCAGCUGGAGGAGAAGAAGCUUGUCGCCGAAAUUAAGAAAACGGCGAAGACUGGAAAUGAGGCAGCAACCAAAAUAUUGGCACGACAAUUAAUCCGCCUUCGACAGCAGAUUGCGAAGUUGCAAGGCAGUCGCGCUCAAAUGCGAGGCGUUGCGACGCACACUCAGGCUAUGUAUGCCAAUACCGCCGUGGCAGGCGCCAUGAAAGGAGCUAGCAAGGCCAUGGCAGCGAUGAACAAGCAAAUGGAGCCUGCUAAACAGGCAAAGGUUAUGCAAGAGUUCCAGAGGCAGUCAGCACAAAUGGACAUGACGACGGAGAUGAUGUCUGAUUCGAUAGACGAUGCUUUAGACAAUGAUGAAGCCGAGGAGGAGACGGAAGAGCUUACUCAACAGGUCCUUGACGAAAUUGGUAUUGACAUCGCUGCCCAACUCUCAUCUGCACCCAAGGGGCGAGUAGCAGGAAAAUCGAAAAAGCAAGACGUAGGAAGUUCUGGAGUUGAUGACUUGGAGGAGAGAUUGGCAGCGCUACGAAAUGUAUGAUGAGAUAGACGACAGUUUCACAGGAGACGAUUCUCAUCGAUCCGUGGGUGAUAUCACCCAUUCUUUCCUUCCCCUGGCUCUUUUCAGCUUGUGCGUAGCAGCUGAAAUUUACGCCCCUUGAGCUGGUUGGUUGUACUUUAGUCUAGAAUAUUUAGGAAACUGUGUAUAACAAAGGUUGGGUAUCUAUGUACCAAGGUCUAUUUAAACGGCGAUAGUAGUCCUUGGCGGGUUAUCGAGGAUGCUGAAGAGUGCGAAAUGCCAUAAUAUCAUCACUUUUGAGUUCCGAUUUCUUGUAGACGGGGAUCUGGUUUCUUGAAGUACUGAGCGCUUUUAGCAGUCACUGUACCACUGCUGAAAUUUGGCACUCAGUAGCUCCCAUAGUAAGACUCUUUUUGUUCUGUAAAUGGUCGAAAUACCACAGUUGCAGUAUCGGAUGGCCCUGGUGUUUAGAAAGCACCUAAAAGCUGCCAGCUGAUAGAAUUACGCCCCCAAAAAAUUACUCGGAGUUGAGAAAUGAUUGCAGGAGUUAUUUACUAUUUAAAUUAGUCUUGGGGAAUUUCCUCCUUUUAGGAAAAGAGUAGAGGCUCUUGAGCUUGGUCCUCUUCAAAAAAACCUCUGCUCAUAUUGGGAUCGAAUCGGGAAGAAGUUUAACGUAGAGUAGAGAACUACGAGUCUAGGCGUUUUGUCUGGCGGAAUCCAGUCGGAAGUCUCUCCGUUCUGUACCAGAUAGAUUUACUGCAGCUUUUGAAGCGUACUCGAUGUUGUUGAGUCUCAAACGAAUAUAAAUGUGCCUGAUUCAAAUUAAACUGACUUUUUUGGGUUCAUCG